UGGAAGCGGCCAAGGGGGGAAGCGGCGAGUCAACAUGGAGCUUUCAGCGGUGGGGGAGCGGGUGUUCGCGGCCGAAGCCCUCCUGAAGCGGCGCAUACGGAAAGGACGCAUGGAAUACCUCGUGAAAUGGAAGGGCUGGUCGCAGAAGUACAGCACAUGGGAACCUGAAGAAAACAUCCUGGAUGCUCGCCUGCUCGCAGCCUUUGAGGAAAGGGAACGAGAGAUGGAGCUCUAUGGCCCCAAAAAGCGAGGACCCAAACCCAAAACCUUCCUGCUCAAGGCCCAGGCCAAGGCAAAGGCCAAAACUUACGAGUUCCGAAGUGACUCUGCCCGAGGCAUUCGGAUCCCCUAUCCCGGCCGCUCCCCCCAAGAACUGGCCUCUACUUCUCGGGCCCGUGAGGGCCUUCGGAACAUGGGUCUUUCCCCACCGGGGAGCAGCAGCACCUGCCGAGUGGAGCCCCCUCGGGACCGUGAUCGGGAACGGGAUCGAGAGAGGGAGAGGGAACGAGAGCGUGAACGGGGUGCUAGCCGCGCAGACGACAAACCCAGCUCGCCAGGUGACAGCUCCAAGAAGCGAGGUCCCAAGCCCCGGAAAGAGCUCCUGGACCCCUCACAAAGGCCCUUGGGAGAACCCAGUGAUGGCCUUGGAGAUUACCUCAAGGGCAGGAAGCUGGACGACACUGCUUCCGGGGCAGGAAAGUUCCCAGCUGGCCACAGUGUGAUCCAGCUGGCUCGAAGGCAGGACUCGGACCUGGCCCAGUGCGGUGUGGCCAGCCCCAGCCCGGCUGAGGCCACGGGCAAGCUGGCUGUGGACACCUUUCCAGCCAGGGUCAUAAAGCACAGGGCCGCUUUCCUGGAGGCCAAAGGCCAGGGCACCCUGGACCCUGGUGGCCCCCGGGUCCGGCAUGGCUCAGGCACCCCCAGCUCUGUGGGGGGCUUGUAUCGGGACAUGGGGGCCCAAGGGGGAAGGCCCUCCCUCAUCGCCAGGAUCCCAGUGGCCAGAAUCCUGGGGGACCCAGAGGAAGAAUCCUGGAGCCCCUCUCUGACCAACUUGGAGAAGGUGGUGGUCACCGACGUGACCUCAAACUUUUUGACCGUCACAAUUAAGGAAAGUAACACGGACCAAGGCUUUUUUAAAGAGAAAAGAUGAAUUGCUGGGUGGGUGAACCCAGGACAAGAGAGCAGGAGAGAGAGUGAGAGUGCAAACUUGGCAUAAUGCUUUUUAUUUCUGGGUGGGAGGUGGCCUUCUGGCUGGUCCUGUCCCAUCCCUACCUUCACAUAACCCCCUUCUUUUCAUCCCUCCCCCUCAGUUUUGGUUGGAAAGAUUAUCUCUAGAGUUAUAUUUUCUAUUAGAUGUAAAUAUGUUAUUUAAGAAAAAAUAUCUAAAUAUAUAUAUUUCAACUCUUGAA